AUGGCCGAGCAAACGCUGCCCGAGCACUCCGAGUGCUUGAUCUUCGACGAUAAGGCGCGGAGUGGAACCUUGGACAGCCUUGGCCUCGACCGAACGGCGCGGAGUGGAACCUUGGACAGCCUCGGCCUGGAGCGGAGCGUCAGCAGCCAAGUCAGCGAGAGUGGCGGAGUCGUCCACGCCAAGCGAGGCUUUCGCUCCUGGAAUUCCUUUCAGAACUCGUACGAGCUCGUCGGCAUAGGUGAGGAGAAUGACCGCCGAUGCCUCCACAACCACCUGCUGCAUCAGAUGGAAGCGAAGAAGAGCCACAGAUUUGUCUGCGAUUUCUGUAGGAGAAAGGUCACUGCCGGCGAGUUGUUCUGGUCGUGCGAGCGGUGCGUUUGGGAUGUCUGCCAAACCUGCUACGCCAAAGGCGCUAGAUUCAAAGAAGGCAGUGAGGUCGAGUUGAUCCAGCCUUUCCGUGGUUACCAACGGAAUACGCAUGGGCUCAUUCGGGAGGUCAUCGACGACAGCGAAGGGAAACACCAGACGUUGGUCGUCACUUUGCUUAUUCGGGAGAGCCCGGCAGAUGAGAUCCUACACCGGGAGGACUUCUCCAAGAUCAGGGUGCUGGAGAGUGGGAAGCUGAAUAUCAGGUUGGUCAUCGGAGUCUGCCUGAUUGUCGCAUUCUUUCUGUAUGGAAUUCUCGAUCAUCGCCGGAUCAGUCGGCUCAUGUCGCGUUUGGUCCACUGGUGCCGGAAAAUAGGGAUGUGGUCAGCCCUGAUUCUCUUCGUGGUUUCUUCAGUGCUGCCAGUGAUCAUGCUGCCCGUUUUCCCUGUCAUGGCACUUUCUGGACCACUGUUUACCAAGCUGAAUGACGGGGAGGCAAUCACGGGCGGAGCCAUUGCUUUCGGUGUCGUCUUCAGUGGCCUUUGGGUCGGCAGUGUUCUGGCAUUUGCUCUGGGCAAGACGCUGUUGCACGAUUAUGCGCGGAAAGCGAGCAAGCACAGCCGCGUGCUGCGAAGGCUGAACAGUCACUCGGCGGCAGUUGGCGUGAAGAUUGUCUUCAUGGCCCGGAGCUUGCCAAUUCUGCCAGCUGAAGUGUUCGACUAUGCCUGUGCUAUGACAUCCUUAGCGGUACAUGAGUACGCCAUCGGAUGUCUAGGCUCGGCUGUGCCGGUGGCCUUUUGGACUUUCAGCACAGCGCAGGCAACAGAUCUCACGAGCCCGAAGCGAUCGCAAGCCACCCACCUGGCGCUGAUCAUUCUGAAUGUUGGAUGCUUGGCACUCCUGACCAUCUUGCUAGUGGGCGUGAUCCAGAAGCACGAACAGGAGCAUGCGGAAGACGACGAGACAAUCCACAUCUCGUGGAACUCUGCCUGGAAGGAUCCCCAGACGGAGAUCACGCAGGUUCUCAGAUCGCAUCAGCUAGAUCCACAGAAAGAGGGUCGAGAUUUUACCAUCCGAGAUUGCAACAACAAGCUGCUGCAGCUUGGGGUCGGAGCUGCUUCCUUUGGCUCUUUCCUGAUCCGCAAGUGGGACCACAAGAGCGAAGUCUCACAGGAACUGUUCCCUCUGAAAGUGCACAUCCACAAGGAGGCACCGCUUGUCAACGACUUUUUGGAGCCAGCAUCCACGAUGAUCAAGUAUGCCAGAGACCGAUUCUCGGCGACAUAG